GGAUAAAGACAUUAAAUCGUAGGUACCUUGGAUCCCCUAACAUGAAAUCUGUUCACCAUUGAGUGAGAAAGUCGACAAACUCGAACAACAAAACCUUAAAUACUCAUUGCAUCGCUUUAUUUCAGCAAAAAGAAAGAACUGUGGCUUACGUUCGCACUUUCUUACGACAACCUGAUGAAGAUUUUAGCCCGGAAGAAAACGAAGUGCGACAAGUUGUGGCAGAAUUUUUGAAGAACGUGGAAGAUCAAAAACCUGAGAAUUCCGACAGCGAUUAUUUUUCACAGGUGAAUUAUAUAUACAUGUUGAAGGAAUCCGAACCUUAGGCGCAGAGGUGAAAGACAUAAGCACGAACAAAAGUUUACAUUGUCAUGCUUACCACUUUCUUUGCAGAGAGAACUGGAAUGGAAGAAACAAGAUCAUAACAGCAAAAUACAGUGGGAGAACAAGAAAGAAAUUGAACGGAAAAGGUAUCAAAUAUUUCUUUCAAUGGACCAUUUGCAUUAUAGACUAAAUUUUGAUCUAGACAAAAAUUUCACCACAGCUUGAAAGAGCAUCACAAAAUUAGUAAUAUUCCAAAGCUUCGUUGCGAAAUGUUGUAAAAUGCGGAUAAUAUAGCCUUGCGAAAUUUGCAAUUUUCAGUUAUUUUGUAUUACAAACGGGAAAUUGAUGCCCCAACACACGAUUGGGCUGUCAAUUUCCCGUGCGUAAUACAAAAUGACUGAAAAACGGCAAACUUCGCAUGGCUAUAGUAUCCGCAUUUUACAACAUUUCGCAACGAAACAUUGGAAUAUUACUAAUUUUGUGAUGCUCUUUCAAGCUGUGAUGAAAUUUUGUCUAGAUCAAAAUUUAGUCUAUAAUGCAAAUGGUCCAUUAUUCCUCAUUAAUUUAAUUAACUAUUGAAACUUCAAUGUCCCAUUGUUAGGAAUGUUACGUUUGGGAAUAAGCCAACGCUCUACCGAAGGCAUCCUUUAAGCCUUCUCUUCGGUACAUAAAAAUUUAUAGUCUCCCAAAUGUUUUUUUUUCAGUGGCGACCAAGAGUUCAUUCAACUUUGUCAGCGAAUCAUGUCAGAUGCAAUGGAGGUCACUAGAGUUUGUGUAGAUGUCCAGGACAAACAGCGACAAAAUCUACUCAAACAUGUCAAGAGUGCGUUAUCCAACGAUGUUCAAAGCCACAAAUUAUGGCAAAUGCUUAUCAUGCAAGUCACACACGAGAGGUGGGGUUGUUUACUAAGUUAUGAUUUGUAGGGGUAUUGGUGUUAAACUAAAGCCUAGUGGUCAAACGAGAACGAGAGUUGAGAAGGGAAAGUUUGCAUGAGAGUUUUCUCAACUCUUAUGGCAUGGUCAAACAAGAACAAGAGUACCAUGAGAGUUGAUGAGAAUUGAGAAGCGAGAGUUUGCAUGAGAGUUUUCUCAUCUCUCAUGGCCUGGUCAAACGGGAACAAGAGUUGCAGAAGAGUUGACUGGAUAUUACUGCGCGCGUAGCGAAAACUCUGAUCAUCUCUCAUCAAAUUUGUACCAGUUCAAAGUUGAUGAGAGUUGAAUAGAAUGCAUGAGAGUCGAUAAGAGUUGGCGGGUAAACGCGAGCGAAAGUUGCAAAUCCCGAAGAAAGCCUGCAGUGUUUGGUGAAGUCAAACUGAAAGCACUCUUCUCUCAUGUGAAUGAGGUGGAAUAAUAAUCACAAAACUGUACGUUGCGCAUGCAGAAGUAAAACCCUAAUCGCGGAAGGUUAAAGACAUGUACACACACACUUGCCACACAAUACCAACAUUUUCAAUUGUAACUCUUCUUUUUAGAGCUAUCUGGCAUGACAAGGAAUUCUUCCCGACAUCUUGGCAAUUGGACAGAACAGAAGGACCAUGUAGGGUUCGAUGUCGUUUACAACGUUGUCAUUUGGAUAUUGACGAGAAAUUCUUUAUACCAGAGUAUAAGAAAACACGUAAGAAAACGUUUUCACUAAGCACUAUCGACUUUCUACAAAAAAUUAAAUAAAUAAAUUUACCCACUCUUUCGGUAUUAAUUCUUUAAAAAAUUAAACUACUUUUGUAACCUGUCAAAGUAAAGUGUUUUUUUUUUUUGUUAUAUGUGGUCGCUUAGCAAAUAUUUUGUUGUUUCUGGUUCACAAAACUCUUGUCGAGUGUUUGUACCGCCAUCAGUAUUGUUUUCUCUACUCGCCGUAUAUAAGCUGAUAUACGGCGAGUAGCUCAGCCAAUCAGAUUGCAGAAUAGUUCAUAUUGUCAUGGUGGAUGAGUAUAUUAUAAUACCUAUUACCUAUUUAAUAUUUUUACGUUUUUCUUCAGAAACCAACAUAAUCCCUCUAUCGUAUCUCUUUGAUGAACCAGUUGGCGAACCAUCAUCGAAAAAUGUUUAUCACAUUUUUAACACCACAGAUACGAUAUGGUAAGGUUUAGAAUCUUUAUUACUACUGGUUUAUUCAUCUUAUAUUUAACUGAUCCUGCUUGCGUUAUUCUAGCUUUUUGUACCGUUGUAAGAGUAUAAUGCCGUCAAGAAAAGUUCCAGGAGAAAUUCUUAUAGGUACGUCAGUUAUACAUGAAAAAUUGACUGUUACACACAUAAAAACGCACAAGUUGUAACAAACCUGCAGCAGUCUUGUAGCAAUGCUGUUCCCAGCUUGUUCAGCUCAACAGACUUGUUACAAGUUGUUCCGACAAUUUGUAAUCGUCCUGUAAUUCAUCAAUUUUCCAACAAGUUGUGAGUGACAACCUUGUAGCAACUUGAUAAAAUAGCAGCACUGUUACAACUUGUUGGUAAGUUUGUUACAAGCCUGUUGCGAACACAUCUUGUUGACAACAUGUUAUAUUUUUACGUGUGUAGUUUAGGCGUUUUAACUUGAUCUCCUUGAAACUUUUUUCUUUUACAGGGGAGAAACGAGUGUAUUUUGUUGGAGAGGAAAGCGAUACCAACGUUAAUACGGCACAGGUAACUCCAAAUUAAUUCUUAUAGUUAGGUGUGUGAAUUAUGUAACCUCAUCAUAAGUCUAUGUUAAAAAUAUAAUCGAACUAUGUAAUUUGCAAUAAUUCUAGUUUUUCCUCGAUGACGAAGAUAUCACUUCAAUCUCGUGGCUGUUUCAAGAAAUUCGUGAAAUUCUCAGAAGACGUUAUGCGCUGAAGGUAUGUAAUCGCAGGAACGUAUUUUUCUCAGAAUUAAUGCCCUUUUAAUUUUGCAUAACAUUUAUGUCAUCAAGGCAAGAUCCAGUGAUCGGAAUGUUUCAUGUAAUCUUUCAACAUGUGAGCAAAAUAAAGCAAUAUGGUUGGCUAAUCUACUCAUGAAUUAUUAAUGAAUUUGAGAUUGUCUUGUCAUUGUUUUGAAAAUCUCACUGUCCUCCAUGGCCAUGCCAUCUUGUGGCGAAGAGCGUACUAACUGAAUAAAAAGUUCUUAAUCAUUUUCUCAUUCAAUAUAGGAUAACGCUUUAGAGAUCUUCCUUACAAAUGGUCGGACUUUCCUACUUGCUUUUGAAACAACAAAAGACAGAGAGACUGUCUAUAAAGAACUUCUUGGCAAAGAACUGCCAAAUUUAAUCACGACCACUGAAAACGUAGCUGAUCUAACACAGAGGUAAUAUUAAUUUAUCGUAUCAUAUCGUAUUGCAUAUUUGACUGAGGAUUUGUAGAUGAAGAAUUUGUACAUGGAAAUUUCGAACUUGCGGCCUAUUCCAAUUCCAUUCUGUUCCAUUUUAUUGUGGCAGUUUCUUAAAGAAAUUAUGUUUUACUUUCAGAUGGCAGAAUGGUGAACUAACAAACUUUGCAUAUUUGACUGAGCUUAACAAACAAUCUUGUCGUUCCUUUAAUGACCUCAUGCAGUACCCAGUGUUCCCUCUGGUCUUGGCUGAAUACAAAUGUGACGUGUUGGAUUUGACUGACGUUUCUGUAUAUAGGUAAGCUUUUUAAAGAAACUGCCAUGGUUGGUGUAUGAACUACAUAAGACCAUUAAAACAUUGUUUCCAGCAUAUAGGCAUUUGAGUGAGAGGUAAUUUUAGUCAGAGCAAUAAUGGUACUGUAGUUUCAUUUGUGAUAAGGGCGAACGCUUAUUAAUCUUCGACGAAGAUUCUUCGCUAGAAGUGUUCUAAUCUUUUUCAGGUUCUCGAGACAAAAACCAUGUUACCUUAUUUUAGAGAGGUUAAGCUUAGAUACUUCUUCUACUACUACUACUACUACUACUAUUAAGGGACCACUAACCAAUCAGAUGCGUUUGAUAUAUCCAAUUAACCAAUCAGAUACGUUUGAUAUAUCUAGUUAACCAAUCAGAUGCGUACUAUAGCCAGUGAGUGGUAGCAGUAGUAGAAGUCAAAUCUGAACCUCUCUUUUAUCCACACUGGACUUUUACAUUAAUCAAGAAAUUUUUUGUGUAGAGAUUUAUCUAAGCCAAUUGCUGUUCAGAAUCCAAAAAGAGUUCCAAAGUACCAGGAAACGUACAGGGUAGGAGAAGCAUUACAGUCUUUUUCCGCUGCAGUUCAUUUUCUGUAAACUAAUUACCUUAUACGUGAUAUACAAUAUUAAUAUCUGUAGUGUAGAAAUGUAUUUUGGCGUGUAAAGUUAUUUUGUCAAUUCAUCUUGUUUUACUUUAAACUCGUAUUUUUUCAGAGUUUACAAGAACAAUAUGACAUCUCGAAGAAACUUGAUCCAAUGAACUGUAUCCCUCCUUAUCAUUAUGGAUCCCAUUAUUCCAACAGUGGUACCGUGUUACACUUUCUGGUUCGACUGGUGCCUUUCACCAAGAUGUUCUUAACCUACCAAGGUCUGAUUGUUGUCCCUUUGUGAUCUAAUAGAGCUAUUCAAUAUAAUAAAAUUUAAUUAGCUUAGGGUUUCUCCUAUAAUAACGCUUUAGCAAUAAGGGGAUGGUUUUUACUAGACCUCUAGGAAGAACAAUUUCCAAGUUAUAGAGUUUUCCACUUUAAAAUUAAAUGAGAUCCGGUUUAGUGAUGAUAAUGAUAUAAUGAUGAUAAUGUUCAUUUAGAUAAACAGUUUGAUGUUCCUGAUCGAACAUUUCACGCCAUUGAGACAACAUGGAAUCUGUCGUCAUUUGCCUCUGCCCCGGACGUGAAGGAACUUAUCCCUGAGUUCUUUUUUCUGCCCGAGUUUCUCCUUAAUUCUGAAGGUAAAAGAGUCUUUUUACAUACUUGAAGAUAAUGCCAGUUUUAACAGGUUGUAAAACUGACUAAACUGUAUCUUGUUAGGCUUUGAUUUUGGUAUCAGACAAAAUGGCGAACGUGUAAUGGAUGUCCGUUUACCUUCUUGGGCUUGCAGUGAUCCACGCUUGUUUACUCUGAUCCACAGACAGGUAGAGUAAAAUUAUUGAAUAUUUCCAAGGGAUGUUGGCGCGCAAGUGUUGAGUCCGUAUGCCUUGCAUCUCUGUCAGAGGCGUUCGAUUCCUGCUCUAUACAGUUGUCUGAGUGUGAUUUUUCUUCAGUUACACUUGAGAAGAGAACGCCGGUUUUCCCUGGGUACUUGGAUUUCCUCCUGUAGUAAUACUUGACCAAUAAAGGAUGGCUUUUACUGGACCUCUAGGAAGCACAGUUUAGAGAAAGAGCUAUCCAGUGUGAAUAAAGUUAGUUUACUUUAGGUUUCCUCCUGAUGUAACACUGGAUCUAUCAGGGAUGACCCUUACUGGACCUCUUGGAAGAACAGUUUAGAACUGAUAGAGCUACCGAGUGUGAAUAAAGUUAGUUUAAUUUACCGCACUUUAUCAAUAAUGGAUGGCUCUUACUGAAAAAUCUCUGCAAAGAACAGUUUAGAAUUGGUACAGCUGUCCAGUAUAAAUGAAGUUUACACAGAGUUUACAUUUUUUUGCAGGCAUUAGAAUCGGAUGUGGUAUCGUGCAGAAUCAACAAAUGGAUUGAUUUAGUUUUCGGCUUUAAACAAGAAGGCCAAGCUGCAAUUGACGCCAUUAACGUUUUUCAUCCAUCGGUAAGAUAAAAAACAUUAACAGCUAAGACUAAUAAGUAUAAAUGCUAACCUGAAUAUCAGACCUAUAUUCAAAUUAGAAUUUAUAGGAGAGGCGUGCCGGCUACAGGUGCGGGCGAAAAGGCGACAAAAUAUAUAAAUGCUAUAAGUAGUAUUACCCCCUGGCCCCCCUAUAGCGGCGGAAGUAAUUAGUAUUCAUACGAGUAUCAUGAUGUCAUACCUAUUACAUGACGUCAUAGGGCAUAGUGUGUGUGCGUACAGGGGCGUACGUACGGGGGCGUGCGUACAGGGGUCUACGUACGGAUUAUUCGGGGGCAUACAACCUUGUAAGCGAAAAUGGCCCUGGCAUCGCCUGCUCGAUUCUAUAAUCCUAUUGGCCUGUACUGAACAAAUAAUUUUGACACUGAUUAUUUAUUCAUCACCGAAUUUUUUGUCUUUAUGCAUGUCUUCAAAUUUUAUUGCACUUUUAGACAAUCUAUUUGGUUAAAAGCAGCUUUAUAUCUAUUUUAUUUAUUUUUAUUGUGAUUUAUAAACAAGGAUACUGAAAGAAUUUUACUAGCAAACUGCUUUAUAAACAAUAAUUCAUACGAGCAGACAGGCACAGGGUGUUAGCUAGCCCAUAUACUGUCCGUCAAACGGACUCUUCAGGGAUGCCGGAAGAUCGAUAAUUCGGGGUGCAGAUAUUCAUAUAUUCCUGUUCUGCCCAAUUAAUUUCUUUUGAAAUCGAUUGUUUUUACAGUCUGUGAACACGAAUAUAUGAAUUAAUAUCUGCACCCGCUAUUAUCGAUCUAUUAGCUAAGGAGCUUUCCCAACUGGGUCUACUGGAAGAUUUUCAUUUUUUCUGAUGAGAAAGUGCAUUGCGUUUGAUUUUUAUAUUAUUUUAUAUUAUUAUAUCAAAGAACGUUUUAUUUACUUUUUCCAUUAACUAUUUUCUCAAAAUGUAUCGCGUUUCACUCAUAUUGGGCGUGUAUUCACUGAAAUGAAAUGUACAAAACAAAGUGUAAUCGGUGUGCAUCCGUGUUCAUUCACCGGAAAUGAAAUAUACAAAACGAAGUACCAUCGGAUGCAUUUUUGAGUGUUCAUUCACUGGAAAUGAAAUGUACAAAACCAAGCUACCGUUGUUUGCAUCUAAGGAGAAACACGUUGGAAAAAACAAUAUUUAUUCCUACACAAGGACUUCGAUCGGCCAAAAAAACUUUCCCAAUUUACGUUUAACGGGCAAAACUUUUUUUUCUGGCUAACACCCUGAGGCAGUCAAUAAUUAAACACUAAUUUAUUAUUCAAGUAAACAAGAACCGCAUAAAUUAAGACAUCCAAACACCCAGUAUUGUGAGUGUCAUGUGACCAGCCGAUGCCAGCAGGGUGCUCCAUUUACUGUUUUAGAACAUUUGGAACACUGUUCUGGAACGAUGUGUAAUGAAGCGCACACACUGUUCUGGAACAGUGUUCAGUUUACUAUAUAUGCGUGCAACCAUAGUUAAUAGAAUAGAUGGUUUGGAAACUCAUUAGAAUAACUAUAUAUUAGAAUAACUAUAAAUCUGGUCGUUCACCAUCACGUGCAUAUUGUAUUUUUACCCAACUAACCAAUAGCAAUGUCUUAAGAAAGUUACCUAUCCGUGACUCGAACAAUAGGGUAAAUUGGAAAUUGCUAUUGGUGUAUUUGGCAAAAAUACAAUACACACGUGACGGUGAAGGACCAGAUUUAUGAAUAAACGUUGACUAACAUAGAUAAUGAGUUAUAUUGUUAUUCUAAUGAGUUUCCAAACCAUCUAUUCUAUUAACUAUGGUGCAACCAUAUGCAUUACUAUAUUCAUUACUUAACCAUUUCCAUCUUCAUUUGGAUGAUCCAAGGCAGACGCGAUAUGAACGUGUUUGCUUUGAGGUAUAAUCUUACAGCGAUCAAUUUUAAUCAUUAUUUGCCUUUAAACAAUUCUUACUUCCCUCUUGCUGCCCUAAUGCAACUAUCCUACUCCUACAUGACCCUAUCCUCAAUCCCUUGGUACCAACGUGGAACUGCCUCCUCCACAGCCCCUCGUUGCGUCAUGGGAAGGUCACACACAAUCUGUAAAAGAAAUGGCGCCGGCGUCAGGGUCACGUCAACAAAUAAAUUUAUACAUAAAUAUAGGAUAUUACACGGCGGCGCGAAGAUAUGACUUUUAUCUUCGAGUGGUGAAAGCAAUAUUGACGAAUGAGCGCAGUGAGUGAGUAAAAUAUCGUUUCUUCAAGCCACCGUGUAAUGUUUCUGUUUAUUAUAUAAUCCCAAGUAAAAAAUUGUGAAAUUUCACGCUCAAAAGCAAAUUGGAAAAAGUCACGUGAUCGAUAUCUUCGCAUUUUCAGUAUCUCACUCUUUACUAUAUACUAAUCUUGAAUAUAUACAGGAUAUAAAUAAGCGGCGUGAAACUUAUAAAUUAAAAUGGCCCAGCGAAAAUGAAAAAUGAAAAUGAAAAACGGUUAAAGUACUAAUAAAUGUUUACGUGUAAAAUAAUUUUUUCAAUGUUUUGUUUUUAAAAUUUCUUUUCGCUUUCACCAUUUAUUCAUUUUGCAAGAUUCACAGGCCCUCUCGAUUCUCGAAAUCUUGGCCUUCCCAUGACAUAACAAGGCCCUGCGGUGGUCGGUGGAAGGACGUGGAAUAGAUGAUUCCCCUUAUUACGUUUUCGUAGCGCUUUGCAUUGUGGUUAUAGUGGUAUUACUGAUAAAGAUAGCGGCCUCGAAUGAAAAUAUUGAAUGUUUUCGCGAAUAUUUUGCUGUUGGCUAUCGUGCACCGGACCCUAGCUUUUUUUAAAAGUUCUUGAACGGGUCAGGACAAAAAAUAAGUUCUUGAAUAUCAGUGAUCUAUUCCCGGAAUGCGAACUCGAGAGUAAAAUUGAAAUUGCAAAUUUUCACAUCAUAUUUCACUUUCACUUUAGUUUACAAGUAAGCUGCAUUUGUACUACAUUAGCCUUUAUAAUUAGUCCUGUGUAGUCUCUCUUUGUUGUCGGACACAGCUUUAUAAAACGAACUGUCUAGAACGAUUAUACUUGGAUCAAGUAAUCAUUGCGGAUAAAAUAGAGCAAUUAACAGGUUCGUCACGUCGUUCUACUGUCUUCUACAUUAUACAAAGGGUAGACGGAUUAGUUGACGAGAAGAGUGCGCAUGGAUGAUGAAAUUGAUCUUUCAGUUACCGUAGAGCAGCUAAGAGCAGCGGGAACUGAUCUAUCAAAACAAGUACCGGCUCUUCUGAAGCUUGGUGAGUGGUACUUGAAGAAGGCUCAGACAACUUCAAAUGGCGCUGAUUUUACCAAAGCCAACGCACUUUACAACGCCGCCCUUGUCAGGUCUAGACGUGUAAACCAUGAAAUAGACGAAGACCAAAUACUCAGACAAAUCGUUGAGACUUAUUGCGAAUAUUUGUACGCAUUUGUUAAUACUGGUGAUGAAGUCAGUGUAGACGAGAUUCGUCAUGAAAUCGAUUCUCACAAGGAGUUUCUUGCCAACGAGAGAAGGAUUUUCAAAGAGCGUGUUGAUGAAAUCGAUUCUUGCUUUAAUACGAAUGAUAAAACAGAGGACCAAUAUCAGGUAAACGAAAAUUAACUGUUUAAAGAAGUGAUUUGUCUUAACUUUGUCACAUUUAAAAAAAUAUUUAAUGAAACAAUGAGCCGUCCGCCAUCUUGAAUUACUAAUGUUGUGACGUCAAUAAUAUAAUUAUCGGUAUCACACUCAAAUUGAUGUUGAUUACCUUUUCUCGAAGCCUUUCGUUGUUAUAUUCACUUGACAAAGCAAGGAAAUAUGCGCGUGAGAAUUCUUCAUGUUUGAGUGACGCUCGUGCGCGUGGCGCUCGCACAUACAAGUCUUUGACAUUAUAUGAUAUGAUAUGAUAUUAUAAUGUCAUUAUAUUAAACCGAAAAGACUUGUAUGUCAGCGCCACACGUGCGAGCAUCACGCGAACGUGAAGAACUUUCGCGCGUAUGUUUCCUUGCUUUAUCAAGUGAAUAAAACAACGAAAAGCUUUGAGAAAAGGUAAUCGAUAUCAAUUUUUGGGCCGCCUAUGAUCCAGCAAUGUAUUACUGACUUAUAACUGGGAGCAGGGUUAUAACUUCUAUUUUAAAAAUGCAAAUUAAUUCAUUGACUGCUAUUUUAUAGUAUUUUACUUACUAACAAGAAGAAAAAUGCAGUUCACUGUUAUUUUGUAAUGUUGAACGAAUAUGACCUGUUUCUGUUUAAGAUCCAUGCAGAUCAAGUGCACGACGUGUUUCGAGACAUUCAAGAUAUGUACACCAGGCUCGUGUCAAUGCUAAUCAAAGAAUGUGAGAGUAGACUUGGGAAACCACCGUGUGACUACGCCAUUAUCGCCCUCGGCUCGGUAGCACGUAUGGAGGCAACACCUUUUUCAGAUUUGGAGUUUGCUAUUCUAUACUCGGACUCAGCUAUUGCAGACAAGAUUAACUACUUUCGAGUAAUGAGCCAUUUUUUUCAUUUGAAAGUUAUUAAUCUUGGAGAGACCAUCCUACCAGCUUUGGGGAUUGAAAAGCUCAACGAUUUUCAGUCCACAGACCCCAAUAGUAAUUGGUUUUAUGACUCGGAAACGCCUCGAGGCAUUUCGUUUGAUGGAGCAAUGCCAUGGGCAUCAAAAACCGCGCUAGGAAGAAUGGCAACGAAGGAUAAACCUGCAUUAGAGUUGAUCAGAACCCCAGAAGGGAUGGCCGAAUUCCAAGAUGAAGAAAUUGCUUUGAAAGAAGGUUAUCAUUUGGGUAAGGAAAUAUGUUGCUAAACAAGAAACAUAGCUGGUAGAUACACAAUUAACAUUCUUGUCCUUACUGCUGAGUUAUCACUCCUAUAUUGUAAUUUAGUAGUAGUAUUUGAUGGAUGAGCUACUCUAACUUGAUUUACUUGGAAUUUGAAAACUCUUGUAAAAUUUUUGUUCGUUCUCUCGUUAGAUGAAAACUCUUGUACAAUUUUUGUUCAUUCUCUCGAUUUUACUUUCUCACAAAAAACUAAAACCCUUCCACGUUGAUCGUUAUCCAGGAGCGGAUCUAUAUAAUUAUAUAAAAUAAAUAUCGGAUAAACGAUACAUCUAUAAUUUUGAAAUUGAGUUCAGUUUUUAAAAUUUAGCUCGCUGUUUUAGUUUGUGUAUUUCGGUACGUCUGUUUCUUUCAAAACUUCAGAAAAGAAAACUGUUAUUGGUCUGGACAAGAUUUCUGAAGAAAUACUUCCAAUAAGUUCUUUGUAUGUUUGCAUGGCGAUAAAACAUAUAAUAGUUUUGCUUGUGGAAACACCACGUAAAUUUAUUACUGUAAAGCUUUUGAUCCAUAAGCCCGGAUCUUUAUCAGUGCUAAUAAUAUGUUAUAUCAUUAGCACUGAUGAAGAUCCGGGCUUACGGAUCGAAAGCUUUGCAGUAAUAAAUUUACGUGGUGUUUCCACAAACAAAACUAUUAUAAAUACUUCCAAGUUUAUAAACAAACUGUUGGGAAGUUUGCAUUGAAUUUUAAGUUAACCUAUAAGGUUAAGCUAACUGGUUUUUGACCAACUGACCCCAGGAGUUUUGCUUCUUUACCAGCCUGAGGCACCGUAUAUAAUGUAUUUUGCAUGAUCAUUCUUAGACUGCGUUCAUUACAUUGAGGUGCAAGAUAGGUCAACGGGCACUCAAUCUUAUUUUUGCCAAAUGUAUGAAUGUAGUUACACUUUAUCUUCUUGAACUUAAUAAAAUACUAUGUAGUAUUUACACUGCUGAUUAUGUUUUUUAUCAUUUAGCUGAUAUUAUGUCGAGAGCUGCUUUACUUUAUGGAGACCAAGCCUUACUGACCGAGUACAACGAACGCGUGGCUAAAAAAUUAAAUGCAAAAUCAUCGGAAACAGAAGAGGAGUCUACUAAAACAGUAGGCGUUAUUCGAGGAAUGCAACAACUGAUGGUUGAUGUUGAGACCUAUGAUCCAUACAAUUCCUACCUUGGAAUGUAUUGUACUCUAGGUGGUCUUUUCGAUGCUAAGAAACAAUUCUACCGUCUCAUCUCGCUACUUAUUUCAGAUUUGGGAAUGAUAUUCGACAUUAGAUCUCCCUCACCCUGGCAGGUGAUUUCUGAGUUGCAGGCUCGAGGAAUAACUUCUGUGUCCGAAAGUGUCAAUAUCAAAGUGUGUUUAUCGAUUGCUAAUGAAAUACGGCUGAAAACAUACUUUGCUAACAAUGGACAGAAAGAACUAUUCUCUCCUGUUCCUGAAUAUGUGAACACUGCUGAACAAUUUGUCGAUGUCCCUAUUUUCCGAGAUUUUGAUGAAGAUAUCUUAGUCCGCCUUCUAAGUUCAAGUAGUGAUAUGUGCACACGUUGUAAUGAGUUUUGUGUGAAGUGGAUUCGACAAGGCAAGAUCGAUGACAGUGUAUUUCGGAAUGCAUCCCGUGCAAUCUCGAGGGGAUUGCUAUUCGGGUUUCUUUAUUUUCGGCUGCAAAAUUUGCAUAAAGCGUUGGAGUGGAUGAAAUCUGUCUCCAAUGAUAGUCCGGACUACAAUGAUAGUCAAAAUGGUCAGGGUCAUAUUUAUUUUCAAUUUGGAGAAUAUGACAGGAGCGUUGAGUGUUUUGAAGAAGCGCUGCAAUGCUUUUACCCAGGCUUCCUAGUAUGCAUUGGUGACCUAGGAUUUGCACUACUUCAGAUGAGAAAAUAUAAAAUGGCCGCAAGUAGGUUUGAAGAAGCGAUUUGUAUACAUGAUGAUAUCUAUGGCGAAGGAUCUCAGACAAUCGUUCUCGCCAGCUUAAUGCAAAAACUUGGCUUAGCUUAUUACGAGCUUGGCGAUAUGGGUUUAGCUAUUAAAACUUUUAAAGCAGUUCAAGAGAUGCAAAAAAGAUUCACGAAAGUUCCUGAUGAGCAGGUGAUUCUUCUAAACGUUUUCAUGGCUUUAUCGUUAAGUAAAGUCGAUCAACAUGAACAAGCACUGGAAUAUAUAGAGCGAGCGUUACGGCUUAGUCAUAAGGUGUAUGGUUCAAACAAUGUCAAUAUAAAUUUGGCUCGAGUUUAUAACAUUGCAGGCUUGAUCUAUGCUCGUAAACUGAGUAACAAAGCUGUGUCUUUCUUCGAACGAUGUUUAGAAAUUCAUCAACGUCUAUUUGGCGACAAUCCUCACCACGGUAAGAUCUUAGGUGGCUCCUUGCAAUUUUUAAGAAAUAUAAGAUUUACGAUCCAGAUCCGAAUUUUUGGACGAUUGUUACUUGUUGAAGAGCAAGGAAUAUUUUACUUAUACUAUUUAAUUUUAAUUUGCCAUGAUAAUACAUAAACUAAACAGACAGACAUAUAUAAAGUACAAAGUGGCAGGGUUACCGCAACACGAUUACGCUCAAUUACUGCGGGCCCCAAAAUACCUCCUUACAAACAUCUAAAAAGUUAUUUUACAAACAUCCAAGCUUUACUUAUUUACAAACAUCCAAAAAGCUCGAAAUUAUCCCAGCAACGUUAAUCAACUUGUUUUUACUUUCAGGUAAAAUAGAGGCAGUCACGAAUUUGGGAAUAUUCUACGAUAAAAUACAUCAAACGGACAAAGCUGUGAAGAAUCUAGAAAUCGCUUUAGAACAGGCGAGAAGUUUCUAUCAUGAAAAACCUCAUGUAAUUGUUGCUGAAAUACUGUCUUCACUUGGAGAGGUUCUAGAUAACACUGGAAAGUUCCAGGAAUCACUUACAUAUUUUGAGGAAGCGAAAAAGGUUAUGGAUCAGAUCCUGGGACCAGACCACGCGCAUCCUCUCACUUCAAGUAUACUUUAUUACAUGGGAACAAGUUAUGUAAUGCUUAAUGAUUUAUUCAAAGCUCUUCAGUGUUUUAAAGAUGCCUUCAACAUGAACUCCAUACUUUAUGGAGAAAGAGGAGAAAAUGGAGAAAAUGGCAGCUGUGGUAACAUGAUGGGUGUCUGUUUAAAUCUCGCCUUGACGGCAGAGUUCUUGGGCAUCUUCGGCUUAGCUAAGAAAUUUUAUACCAAAACGGUUAAAAUCAAAAGACAAUAUGUCUUUGCCAAAAAUACAUAUUCCGGACAAUCUAGUGUAAGCGAUGUUCUUGAUUUUGUACACUGUCUGUACCGCCUAGGCGGAGCUUGUGAAGUCCUCGGAGAGCGAGAUGAAGCGUUAAAGCAUUUAGAAGAAGCGAGAAAGAUUGCAAAAGAUGCUCCUUUUAAGGAUUGGUUAGUCGUAAGUGUAUUUGUCCAGUUAAUCAAGAAAUAUGCUAAGAUGGGGUCCAUUAUCAAAAGCAUAAUGUGUUACCUAGAAGCUGGAGAGAUGGCAAAGAGCUUACCUAAAGAUGAUUCUCUUCCACCCUCAACAUUGGACAUGCUCAAAUUAAUGAAAAUUUAGCUAACAAAAGCUUUAAAAAACAAGUGUUUACAGUCGUGUAUUACCGUACACAAAUUGUACAACAGCAAGCAAACCACCUUCCGUUUCAAUAUCUUACUUUGAUAGUACAAACCAGUUUAAGUACUCGUGUUUGUUGUCAAUGUAUAUACACUGUAUGUUAUUGUUAUUCACCAUCUGUGAAGAUUUCUCAGUUGCCCUUUCGAUAGCUUGCUGCAAAGUUUAAGAACUAGCUAAGAAUAAAUAUACCGAAUAUUGCUGUGGUGAGGAAUAUUAAAAUAAUUUAUAUUAAAACUAUUCAAGUAUGUCAGUACUGUGAUGUGAAUUUAAUUGCCUAGUCAGGCUAGUGUAACGCCAUAUUGCAAUUCGCCAGGUAUGCUAUUUGUGUCCUUGAAUUUCGUUCCUUCAUCACAUUGCGGUUGCUUCGUAGAUCUCCAGGCCACUAUGGCUUUUUUCAAACAGGUAAUCUGUGUCUUCAUGGCAGAAGAAAUUACAGCUUGGACUUUGACCGCAGAACCAAAACGAGCCAUUUUUCGUUGUCGAGCAGGAUGCUGGUUCUCCAUGUAAACACUUCAUCUUCAUCUUUGUUAGGGGCCGAUUAUUAUAUGGAGCAUUUUCAACCCCGGGGUUGAAUUCAGCCCUGUUAACCGGGUUGAAAUUUUUUGCGAUUACAUGGACGAUUUCAACCCUGGGGACGGGGUUGAAACGUUAUACUAUACGUUCUCGGCAUCGAUUCGCGAAAGUAAAAAAAGCCUUUAUUUUGUUUUCUUGUAAUAAAUAGUCACUACCACGCAUGCUCGAAUAACUCAUGAUCAUUUCAGCCCUGGGUUGAAACGAUUACAUGACAAAAUGUUAGCCCUGGGUUGAAAAUUUUGUCAUGUAAUCGCGCGUUUGAUUUUGAUAGAGUUUUGUAUUACAGACAGGGCUGAAAUUUCAACCCGGUAAACAGGGCUGAGUUCAACCCCAGGGUUGAAAAUGCUCUAUGUAAUCGGCCCUUAGCCUUGUUAAGUUCUCCUCAUGAAAGUUGUGAACAGAAUAACAAGUAUCAUCCAUCUCAAUUUAUACUCUUUGGCUAAUGACGUAACAUGGUCUGCGCACGCACGCAAUGUACGCACUCUUAUGCAUGUACAUUAAAAAGGCUGAGUAGGUCGAAGCAUCAGAGGUGAACUUAAAAUGAAUACCUUCAAACCUAACGAGCAAGUAUUCUGGGCAAACCCAGGGCAUUUUGCCCGUCAGCGAAAAUGGCCCUGUUGUCGGCUGCUCGAUUCUAUAAUCCUAUUGGCCUGUACAAAGUAUUAAUUCUGACGCUAAUAAUUUAUUCAUCACCAUGUGAAAGUUAGGAAUUUCUUGCCUUUAUGAUGUCUUCAAAUUGUACUGCACUUUUAGACAAUCUAUUUGGUUAAAAGCAGAGCUACAUUCGUUAUGCCUUGGUUCAUACUAUUUGCGAUUUAUAAACAAGGAUACUGAAAGAAUUUUACUAGCAAACUGCUUUAUAAACAAUAAUUCAUACGAGCAGACAGGCAGUCAAUAAUUAAACACUAAUUUAUUAUUCAAGUAAACAAGAACUGCGUAAAUUAAGACAUCCAAACACCCAGUAUUGUGGGUGUCAUGUGUCCAGCCGAUGCCAGCAGGUGCUCCAUUUACUCUUCUAGAACAUUUGGAACACUGUUCUGGAACGAUGUGUAAUGAAGCGUGUAACCAUAUGCAUUACUACUGCUGAUAAUUCUGCCGAAAUUGUUAACUUGUUCAACAGGUAAUUUACAUCUGUAUUCUCCAGUGACAGUUCACCUCACUGUGCUUGUAAGCCAGAUGAUACCCCGAAUAUAACUGAUGUAAAUCUAACUGUGUACAAAAUUCAAGCUGUCCUUGAAGCGCUGGAUGUUACAAAAGCAACAGGCUCAGAUGGAAUCCCCGCUAGACUGUUAAAGGAAACAGCCGAAGUCAUAGCUCCAUCCUUGUGCUGCCUCUUCAACAAAUCUCUCAACACAGGCACCUUACCUGACGAGUGGAAACUUGCAAAUGUUGUACCAAUACACAAGAAAGGCAACGCUGAAUACACAGAGAAUUAUAGACCUAUAUCUUUACUACCCAUAGUGUCCAAAGUCUUAACAGCAUUAAAUGCCAUCUCCACCAGCUAGUCCACAGUAGUCAACAUGGGUUUUUCACGGGAAAGUCAUGCACAACCAACCUUAUCGAAGCACUAGAUAACAUCGGCUCCCUCCUGGAUAGUGGUAAUCAAAUAGACGUGAUCUAUUUAGACAUGUCUAAAGCCUUCGAUAAAGUUAAUCAUGAGCUGCUGCUUUCCAAACUUAGCAAACUUGGAUUUGGAGGUGGCCUACUACAAUGGUUCCGGUCCUACUUGUCUAAUCGGCGACAGCGCGUUACCGCCCUCGGUGCUACAUCUAACACCUUACCUGUAACCUCUGGGGUACCCCAAGGCUCCAUACUAGGUCCCAUAUUAUUCCUCUUAUAUGUUCAUGACCUACCCGGUCUCGUCAAAUCCAGUCAAGUCGCUAUGUUCGCAGAUGAUACGAAAAUAUUUAAGUCUAUCGCAUCAAUAAACGAUACGAAAUUACUCCAACAGGACUUAUCCAACUUAGAAUCCUGGUCUUCGACUUCCGGUCUCCCCUUCAAUCAAAGUAAAUGUCGGUCGCUGUCUAUCACUCGUAAAACGAAGCCAGUGGUGACUACAUACAAGAUGAAGGGUGAAACUCUAGAAAUGACAAAAUCGGAACGAGAUCUUGGCGUCUGGAUGUCAACUGAUCUCACCUGGAAUAAUCAAGUAGUAGAACAAUCUUCCCGUGCUAACAAGUCUAACAAGUUGCUAGGUUAUAUCAACGCACGGUUCAUUCAAAACACCAGCGUGAGGAGGGCAUUGUAUUUAACAUUAGUACGCCCUCACUUAGGAUAUGCCACCCAGAUCUGGUCGCCACAGUCCAUCAACCUAAUUGCAAGAUUGGAAAAAGUUCAAAGGCGUGCCACGAAAUUUAUUCUCAAUCUGCCGUUUUCCAGUCCAGACAGUAAUAAAUGCAGUAAUAAAUUUACGUGGUGUUUCCACAAACAAACCAAUUAUAUUUUAUCGCCAUGCAAACAUUCAAAGAACUCAUUUAAAUCUACUAUUCUAAGUUAUUGCUUCCGUGCUUUGGAAAUUUCCUACGAUCCUGAAAAUCCAAGAACAUUCAAAACUAUAUGUACCAAGUGUAAUACCGCUCGAACUCUGGUUCAGCCUCUUAAGUGCUGCUAUUAGUUAUAGUUUUAUUCAGAUAGUUUUUUUUUAUGUUUGUAUGUCCUAAUUCGGGCCCGCAGUAAUUGGCUCACGCUGUUGCGGUCACCCUGCCUAUAGUCAUGUUUUUUUCAUGUAUUGUAAUAUGGCGAAACUAAAAAAAAAUUACUAUAUUCAUUACUUAACCAUUUCCAUUUUCAUUUUGAUGAUUCCAAGAUAGACCGUCCAAGUAUAUGAACGUGUCUGCUUUGAGGUAUAAUCUUACAGCGAUUAAUUUUAAUCAUUAUUUGCCUUUAAACAAUUCUUACUUCCCUCUUUCUGCCCUAAUGCUAACUGUCCUACUCCUACAUGACCCUAUCCUCAAUCCCUUGGUACCAACGUGGAAGUGCCUCCUCCGCAGGCCCUCUUUGCGUCAUGGGAAGGUCACACACAAUCUGGCUAGGGCCUGCGGAAUCUUGUAAAAGAAAUGGCGCCGGCGUCACGUCAGCAAAUAAAUUUAUACAUAAUCUUGAAUAUAUAUACAGGAUAUAAACAUGGAUUGUAAAAGAACUUUUACAAUCCAUGAUAUAAAUAAGCGGCGUGAAACUUAUAAAUUAAAAUAGUCCAACGAAAAUGAAAAAUAGUAAAAGUGAUAAAUGUUUACGUGUAAAAUAAGUUUUUUAAUGUUUUGUUUUUAAAAGUUCUUUCGCUUUUACCAUUUAUUCAUUUUAUAACAUUCGCAGGCCCUCUCGAUUCUCGAAAUCGUGUGAGGCAGAACGUGGAAUUCCCGUAAUGCGAACUCGAGCGUAAAAUUGAAAUUGCAAAUUUUUGUGAAGUCAUCAUGUUUCACUUUCGCUUUAGUUUACAAGUAAGCUGGCUGCAUUACUACAUUAGCCUUUAUAAUUAGUCAUGUGUAGUCUCUCUUUGUUGUCGGACACAGCUUUAUAAAACGAACUGUCUAGAACGAUUAUACUUGGAUCAACUAAUUGCGGUAGAGCAAUUAACAGGUUCGUCACGUCGUUCUACAUACAACAGGUAGACGGACUAGUUGACGAGAAAAGUGCGUAUGGAUGAUGAAAUUGAUCUUUCAGUUACCGUAGAGCAGCUAAGAGCAGCGGGAACUGAUCUAUCAAAACAAGUACCGGCUCUUCUGAAGCUUGGUGAGUGGUACUUGAAGAAGGCUCAGACAACUUCAAAUGGCGCUGAUUUUACCAAAGCCAACGCACUUUACAACGCCGCCCUUGUUAGGUCUAGACGUGUAAACCAUGAAAUAGACGAAGACCAAAUACUCAGACAAAUCGUUGAGACUUAUUGCGAAUAUUUGUACGCAUUUGUUACUGGUGAUGAAGUCAAUGUAGACGAGAUUCGCCAUGAGAUUGAUUCUCACAAGAAGUUUCUUGCCAACGAGAGAAGGAUUUUCAAAGAGCGUGUUGAUGAAAUCGAUUCUUGCUUUAAUACGAAUGAUAAAACCGAGGACCAAUAUCAGGUAAACGGAAAUUAACUGUUUAAAGAAGUGAUUUGUCUUACACUUUGUCACAUUAUAUUUAAUGAACAAUGAGCGGUCCGCCAUCUUGAAUUACUAAUGUUGUGACGUCACCAUCGCGUGCUUUCGCGGGCCAAAAAUUGAUGUUGACUACCUUUUCUCGAAGCUUUUCGUUGUUAUAUUCACUUGAUAAAGCAAGGAAACAUGCGCGUGAGAAUUCUUCACGUUCGAGUGACGCUCGCGCGCAUGGCGCUCGCACAUACAAGUAUUCUUGAUUUAAUAUAAUGACAUUUACAUGUGAUAUGAUGUUAUAAUAUCAUUAUAUUAAACCAAGAAGACGUGUAUGUGCUAGCGGCGAGCGUUACACGAACGUGUGAAGAAUUUUUGCGCGCAUGUUUCCGCAUCAAGUGAAUAUAACAACGAAAAACUUUGAGAAAAGGUAAUCGAUAUCAAUUUUUGGGCCGUCUACGAUCCAACAGCGUAUUACUUAUAACUGGGAGCAGGGUUAUAACUUCUAUUUUAAAAAUGCAAAUUAAUUCAUUGACUGCUAUUUUAUAGUAUUUUACUUACUAACAAGAAGAAAAAUGCAGUUCACUGUUAUUUUCUAAUGUUGAACGAAUAUGACCUGUUUCUGUUUAAGAUCCAUGCAGAUCAUGUGCACGGCGUGUUUCGAGAUAUUCAAGAUAUGUACACCAGGCUCGUGUCAAUGCUAAUCAAAGAAUGUGAGAGUAGACUUGGCAAACCACCGUGUGACUACGCCAUUAUCGCCCUCGGCUCGGUAGCACGUAUGGAGGCAACACCUUUUUCAGAUUUGGAGUUUGCUAUUCUAUACUCGGACCCAGCUAUAGGAGACAAGAUUAACUAUUUUCGAGUAAUGAGCCACCUUCUUCAUUUGAAAGUUAUCAAUCUUGGAGAGACGAUCCUACCAGCUUUGGGGAUUGAAAAGCUCAACGAUUUUCAGUCCACAGACCCCAACAGUAAUUGGUUCUAUGACUCGGAAACGCCUCGAGGCAUUUCGUUUGAUGGAGCAAUGCCCUGGGCGUCAAAAACCGCGCUAGGAAGAAUGGCAACGAAGGAUAAACCUGCAUUAGAGUUGAUCCGAACCCCAGAAGGGAUGGCCGAAUUCCAAGAUGAAGAAAUUGCUUUGAAAGAAGGUUAUCAUUUGGGUAAGGUAAUAUGUUGCUAAACAGGAAACAUAGCUGGUAGAUACACAGUUAACAUUCUUGUCCUUACUGCUGAGUUAUCCCUCUUAUAUUGUAAUUUAGUAGUAGUAUUUCAUAGAUGAACCACUCUAACUUGAUUUACUUUUCUCUCGUUAGAUGAAAACUCUUGUACAAUUUUUGUUCAUUCUCUCGAUUUUACUUUCUCACAAAAAACUAACCCUUCCACGUUAUCCAGGAGCGGAUGAUCUAUAAUUAUGUUGAAAUAAAUAUCGGAUAAAUGAUAGAUCUAUAAUUUUGAAAUCGAGUUUCAGUUUUUUAAAUUUAAUUCGCUAUUUUAAUUUGUGUAUUUCGGCACAUCCGUUUGUUUCAAAACUUCAGAAAAGAAAACUGCUAUUGUCCAAUAAGUUCUUUGUAUGUUUGCAUGGCGAUAAAACAUAUAAUAGUUUUGUUUGUGGAAACACCACGUAAAUUUAUUACUGCAACGCUUUCGAUCCGUAAGCCCGGAUCUUUAUCAGUGCUAAUAAUAUGUUAUAUAACGAUAACGAUAACGGGCACUUGAUCUUAUUUCUGCCAAAAUAUUUUUGCCAAAUGGCCAGAAUGUAGUUGGACUUUAUCCUCUUGAACUUGAUAAACUACUAUGUAGUAUUUACACUGCUGAUUAUGGUUUUUAUCAUCUAGCUGAUAUUAUGUCGAGAGCUGCUUUACUUUAUGGAGAUCAAGCUUUACUGACCGAGUACAACGAACGCGUGGCUGAAAAAUUAAAUGCAAAAUCAUCGGAAACAGAAGAGGAGUCUACUAAAACAGUAGGCGUUAUUCGAGGAAUGCAACAAAUGAUGGUUGAUGUUGAGACCUAUGAUCCAUCCAAUUCCUACCUUGGCAUGCAUUGUACUGUAGGUGGUCUUUUCGAUGCUAAGAAACAAUUCUACCGUCUCAUCUCGCUACUUCUUUCAGAUUUGGGAAUGAUAUUCGACAUUAGAUCUCCCUCACCCUGGCAGGUGAUUUCUGAGUUGCAGGCUCGAGGAAUAACUUCUGUGUCCGAAAGUGUCAAUAUCAAAGUGUGUUUAUCGAUUGCUAAUGAAAUACGGCUGAAAACAUACUUUGCUAACAAUGGACAGAAAGAAUUAUUCUCUCCUGUUCCUGAAUAUGUGAACACCGCUGAACAAUCCGUCGAUUUCCCUAUUUUCCGAGAUUUUGAUGAAGAUAUCUUAGUCCGCCUUCUAAGUACAAGCAAUGAUAUGUGCACACGUUGUCAUGAGUUUUGUUUGAAGUGGAUUCAACAAGGCAAGAUCGAUGACAGUGUAUUUCGGAAUCCAUCCCUUACAUUCUCCAGGGGAGUGCUAUUCGGGUUUCUUUAUUAUCGGCUGCAAAAUUUGCAUAAAGCGUUGGAGUGGAUGAAAUCUGUCUCCAAUGAUACUCCCGACUACAAGUAUAGUCAAAACGGUCAGGGUAAUAUUUAUUUUCAAUUUGGAGAAUAUGACAAGAGCGUUGAGUGUUUUGAAGAAGCGCUGCAAUGCUUUUACCAGAGUGGAGAGAUGUCAGCCCCAGGCUUCCUAGCAUGCAUUGGUAGUCUAGGAUUUGCACUACUUCAGAUGAGAAGAUAUAAAAUGGCCAUAAUUAGGUUUGAAGAAGCGAUUUGUAUACAUAGUGAUAUCUAUGGCGAAGGAUCUCAGACAAUCUUUCUUGCCAGCUUAAUGCAAAAACUUGGCUUGGCUUAUUAUGAGCUUGGCGAUAUGGGUUUAGCUAUUAAAACUUUUAAAGCAGUUGAAGAGAUGCAAAAAAGAUUCACGAAAGUUCCUGAUGAGCAGGUGAUUCUUCUAAACGUUUACAUGGCUUUAUCGUUCAGUAAAAUCGAUCAACAUGAACAAGCACUGGAAUAUAUGGAGCGAGCGUUACGGCUUAGUCAUAAGGUAUAUGGUGCAAAUAAUCUCAAUAUGAAUUUGGCUCGAGUUUAUAAUCUUGCAGGCUUGGUCUAUGCUCGUAAACUGAGUGACAAAGCUGCGUCUUUCUUCGAACGAUGUUUAGAAAUUCAUCAACGUGUAUUUGGCGACAAUCCUCACCACGGUAAGAUCUUUGGCUCCUUGGACCUUGCAGUUUUUAAGAAAUAUAAAAUUUACGAUCCAGACCCGAAGUUUUGGACGAUUGUUACUUGUUGAAGAGCAAGGAGUAUUUUACUUAUACUAUUUAAUUUUUAAUUUGCCAUAAUAAUACAUAAACUAAACACACAGACAGACAUAUAAAGUACAAAGUGGCAAGGUUACCGCAACAGAUUACGUCCUUACGUACAAACAUCCAAAAAGUUAUUUUACGAACAUCCAAGCUUUACUUAUUACAUCAACUUACAACAUCCAAAAAGCUCGAAAUUAUCCAAAAAGCUCGAAAUUAUCGCCAAAACGACAAGGGUUACUCCCAGCAACGUUAAUCAACUUGUUUUUACUUUCAGGUAAAAUAGAGGCAGUCACGAAUUUGGGAAUAUUCUACGAUCAAAUACAUCAAACGGACAAAGCUGUGAAGAAUCUAGAAAUCGCUUUAGAACAGGCGAGAAGUUUCUAUCAUGAAAAGCCUCAUGUAAUUGUUGCUGAAAUACUGCAUUCACUUGGAGAGGUUCUAGAUAACACUGGAAAGUUCCAGGAAUCACUUACAUAUUUUGAGGAAGCGAAAAAGGUUAUGGACCAGAUCCUAGGACCAGACCACGCACAUCCUGUCACUUCAAGUAUACUUUAUUACAUGGGAACAAGUUAUUUAAUGCUUAAUGAUUUAUUCAAAGCUCUUCAGUGUUUUAAAGAUGCCUUCAACAUGAAUUCCGUACUUUAUGGAGAAAGAGGAGAAAAUGGAGAAAAUGGCAGCUGUGGUAACAUGGAAGGUGUCUGUUUAAAUCUCGCCUUUACGGCGGAGUUAUUGGGCAUCUUCAGCCUAGCUAGGGAAUAUUAUACCAAAGCUGUUAAUAUCAAAAGACAAUAUGCCUUUGCCAAAAAUACAUGUUCUAGUGUAAACUAUGCUUUUGAUGUUGUGUACUGUUUGUACCGCCUUGGCGCAGCUUGUGAAGUCCUCGGAGAGCGAGAUGAAGCGUUAAAGCAUUUAGAAGAAGCGAGAAAGAUUGCAAAAGAUGCUCCUUUUAAGGAUUGGGUAGUGGUAAAUGUAAUUAUCCAGUUAAUCAAGAAAUAUGCUAAGAUGGGGUCCAUUAUCAAAAGCAUAAUGUGUUACCUUGAAGCUGGAGAGAUGGCAAAGAGCUUACCUAAAGAUGAUUCUCUUCCACCCUCAACAUUGGACAUGCUCAAAUUAAUGAAAAUUUAGCUAACAAAAGCUAUGUAAACUCAUGAAUGAAUUUACUGAAUUUAAUGUAAUGAAUUUAAUUGCCCAUAUUGUAAUGCGCUAGGUACGCUCAUAGUUAAUAUAGCAGGAGAAUAGUGGGAGAUGAAAGAUCACACUCAUAAGGUAUUUCUCUUCUAUGCAUUCUACGGUGAACAGCAUAACCACUUCCGUCUCAAAACCCUUUUGCACAAACAUCACAUUUGUAAGCUAAAACUCCCGUAUGUUUUCUACGAUGUUUCGUAAAGUUACUCCAGUCCGCAAAUCUUUUAUCACAUUCGUAAGUUUUCUCCCCAGUGUGUGAUCGUUGAUGUUUUUGUAAGUCUGUGAAAAACUUGUGACAUAUCUCACACUCAUCAUACAUAGUUUCACGGUUGUUGAAAUCUCAACACCUAAAGUUCUUUCUAUAAAAACUGAGGACAAAGAUGCUGCUCAGCAUAUUGUUCACAGUUUAUACUCCCGAAUAAUCUGAACGUACACUCCUGUACGCACGCACCACUGAUAUACAUGGUACGCACACCUUAUGACGUCAUGGGAUAGGUAUGACAUAUGACACUCGUAUGAAUACUAAUUACUUCCACCGUUAUAUAGAGGGGGUAAUACUACUGCUAUAGAUAAUAGGCCCUUGGCAUGGACCUACGAAAUUCAUUAUUCACUACAGUGAAUGAUUGGAUGGCAUGGAGAACAGUGGGGGUUUUAAAACAAUGAAAGGACAACGAUUGCUGGAUGGUUUUCCACUUCAAUCGUACCGAAACGUACUGGUGAGCAUGCGUAGAUUGAAAAGAGGUCUAUAAAUCCACGUACUUCCGGGUGUAUUCGCGUAUCAAAAUGAAAAGUUCGUCGCAAGUCAAAUUUUUGGUGUAUUACGGAAGUAUUAACCAAUCAACAUUCACUAAAUUUUGAAAUUUAAAAAUGUUCACGGUACGCUUGAAGUGGAAAACUGGCUUAAAGUCAACCGCACACGGGAUCUUUUUGCUGAGGAAAAGACCUUGCGAGGCCGUUUGCUCCGUCACACUCUCUCGUCUGCCCAUUGUUUUGGCUGAGUGGUUUAAGUGGGUUUAACUCGCAAGGCCAUGAGAUAAAAAUCUGUUAUGUCGAAGAAACUUGAUAGCCUGUGUUCUCACGAGGUUUUUACUUCGGCCAAAAAGCCCAUCUGGGAAGCAGGCUUAUAGUUAUGUGUUGUUCAAAGGCCUAUUUCCGUAACUUAAAAGGCCCUAAAAUGUAUAUGAACAGCUUGUGGUGUGAAGGAUGUACAACUACCUGAAAAAUACGAGGAGAACUUCAACGUUUCGAGCGAAAGCCUUUCGACGGGAAGUUAGUGGCUAACUAGUUUCUCGACAAAAGAGCCUUCGCUCGAAAUGUCGAAGUUCUACUCAUAUUUUUCAGGUUGUUGUAUAUCCCUGACACCACAGCUGUCGUCUCUACCUAUAAAACUGGCACCUAUGUACACUACAUGCAUACGUCAUGUCGUUGACUUUGGCUCGCUCUAAGCUCUAACUUUUCAUGGGGCUCAUGAGCUAGACCGCUGCACCUCCACUAAAUUUUUUUCCACCUCCCUCACUAUUUCCACCAAAAUCCGGCCUUGUUUUAGACCUACGUUGGUGGUAUUGAUGAGAACAGACUUCACGACCCAGUACAACGCAAAGCAGUUCAAACAAUGAUAGAAACAUAUGGACAAACACCUGCCAGAUUGUUCUCAGAACCACAUCCUGAUAAGAAACGAAUUGGUUUGGAUCACUACUCGUCAUGGAGCGGGACGUUUGGUGAUACUGAUUAUUCCUUAAAGACCCCCAUUGAACGGACUCAACGUGGACUCCUGCAUGGUGAGGGUUUGACUUGAUAAAUGUUGCUCCAAAAAAUUGUUAUUCUUAUUUUAGAUUGCGUUUAAAGGGGCAGUGUCACGGUGCUGAUUGGCUAAAAUAAACGGCGCAAAGAAACGUUUCAAAUUAAUGCUAGCCCUACAUGAUUGGAAAAGAUGCAACAGCCUUCAAUUUUUAAAACAAAGCAAGGAUAUGUCCUGCAUAACGAAGGGAUUAUGAAUAGUAUAUUGUAUUUCACUCCUAACUUGAUUGUUGGCAGACAGUUUUUCAAGUUCGCGCAUAUUUUGGAUGCGCAGUAGAACCGUGAUACUGCCCCUUUAAGAGCUUGAAAGCUCUCUAAUUUUUUUUCAGUGGUCAAAUGUUUCAAAUUUGACUCUACCAAACACCACAGGGUAUCCCCCGUACUCCGGUUCGCUCAUGCAGUAACAUUGGAACAAUGAAGGCUUGUCCUUUCUAGGGGGAACAGUUUAAAACUGAUAGAGCUAUUCUCGAGUUUCAUAUGACAUCACGUGGGGGUCAAGCGUCUGUGUCAAGAGUAAAGGACGGCUUUUAUAUUGUUUUAUAUUGGCUUUUAUAAUAGUUGGAGAACUCAUUUACAUAAGAUGCGUUGACAACCAUUUUGUUUCAUGGUUGUAUUAGUUGACCUCAGUUCAAUGAUUGACCCCCACUUCGAGUCACAUUAUACUAAAAUAUCACGUGAUUAAAACCCAAGAAUACAGUAUAAAUAAAAUUUGUUUAGUUUAGGUUUCCUUCUGUAGUAACACUGUACCAAAAUAGCUUAGAAUAGAUAUAUUAGUAUCCUCAACUUUUGCGUUUUUUUAUAUCCAGUAGAUAUUCCGAGUCCUGUAACAACGGUGUACGGAAUCAAAUGGGGUCAAUACAUCGGUUCACCAGCUUAUGCCAAACCUGUAGUCUGUUGGUCUGACUCGUUCCCAACUCCCGUCGCUCGGUUGGUUUCAUUCCCCCAUAGUAACCUCUUCAUUUUGCCGCCAAACUCCACGCACGUGAUUGUCACACGCACACGGAAUCGGACAAUGCAUAUCGUGUGGUCAGCGGUAUUAAGCUGGAGUCACGUGGAUGAUAUUAUUCGUAUUUGGGACACCAAGAAAGGAACUAUGAUUGGAUUUAAGGAAAAUAUGAAUUUUCACAAGGUACAAGAAACAUGUUCUUUUACUCUUUUUUAUUUCCAUCUGUAGAAACACUUGAUCAGUAAGAGAUAUACCUACCUAGAACUGAUAGAACUAUCCAGUAUAGCUCCUGUAGUUUUACUAGACCUCUAGGUAGAACAGUUUAUAACUGCUGUAAUAGAGCCAUCCAGUAUAAAUAAGGUCAAUUAGUUUAGAUUUCCUCUUGUAGUAACACUGGAACCAUAAGAGAUAUUCCUUGAUAUAAGAGAUGUUCUAGGGAGAACAGUUUAGAACUGAUAGAGCUAUCCAGUAACAUCUGAUUUUUUUUCUUCUAUUUUUGAUAGAUAACGUGUUGUGCUGUGUCUGAUCAAUGUAAGUCAUUGUGGGUUGGCAGUUCAACAGGAUGUUUUCAUGUUUGGCAGACACGAUACGAUCGGAAUAAUGUAAGUCCUGGCGAUUACAAAUUCAGGUAUUCCAGUUUCAGCCCACACCUAACAAUUAUUGCCGGGUUUUUUUUUCAGGAAUGUGGAUUAGAAGUCCUUGGAAGAAGAAUCCGUCUGCAGGGUCAUGAGGCCAGUAUAACUUGUGUUGAAAUUUCGGAAGCAUUUAGUAUUGUCGUAACGGGAAGUGAAGAUGGUACCGCCAUCAUUUGGGAUUUAAAUAGGUGAGGUUAAUUACUAAACUGAACUAACCGUAUCUGUAGUGAAUAGUUCUAGUAGUUCUAAACUUUUUUCCAUGGACGUCUAGUAAGAGUCAUCCCUUAAUGGGCUAGUGCUAGCAUUGGUGGUAGUAUGGUUUCUAGUGCAAUUUGGAAAAACAUGCACGAGUGAGUUUUUCAAAGGCGAUCAAAAUUGCACGAGUCCGAAGGACGAGUCUUUGAAAAACUCACGAGUGUAUGUUUUCACAAAUUGCACGAAACCAUACUAUUACUUCUUAAUUUUCCUGCGUCGUUUCCAGGCUCUGUUUCUUGUAGUUGAAUAAUGUGCAAUUUCAAAUAUAAUUGCACUGCUCUUAGCCAAUCAGAAUUCAUUGCACUGCUCUUAGCCAAUCAGAAUUCAUUGCUCUGCUCUUAGCCAAUCAGAAUUCAUUGCACUGCUCUUAGCCAAUCAGAAUUGAAUAAAUUUUUCAUCUAUAUUAUUAAUACAGGAACAACAUAAACCAAACUAACAACUUUUGUGGGAUAUAGUUCUAUCACUUGUAAACUGUUCUACUGUUACAAAAAUCGAAACCGGAGUACCCAGGGGAAACCUGUGGUGUUCGAUUGGGAGCACUCUUCUCACAUGCAACUGAGACUACGUUUAUAUACCUGGUAGCUUUCCGUAGCGGGCGCGAAAAAGCACCUAUCCGAUACGGAAUGUACAACUUUGAGAAGCUGUGUCGAGAAUGUUUGCCUCCAAAACAGUAGUCCUCGACAAAUCACAUUUAUAUAUAAGUUUUAAUAGAAAAUAUAAGAAUACCCAAAAUCACAUUGUAUGCUCGUCGCAGCUGUCUCACAUCCGUUCUCUCUCACUGUCACGAUGACACUCACUGAUACCUACUAUGACUAAUCUCCCUAAUUAACUAUCCCUCCCUAAAGUGUUAUACGAUAUAUCUUAUCUGUUUGGUCAGUUCCCAACAGUUCGUCUGAAAAUAGCGUCCCUAAAAGGUACAGAUAGGUGUUUUUCACGUCGAUACGGAAAACAAUUCGGUGCAGUGUAAAUGUAGCCUGAGUCAAUCAGACAAGGCACAUACAUGCAUGCACUAACCUUUGUACCACUGAAAUUUUUAAGGUUAUGUUACAUUCGUUCUCUAUCUGGUCAUUCCUCAUCGGUGAGUGUUGUCUGCAUCAGUCCGACCUCUGGGGAUAUCGUAACAGUAUGUCAUACAGGUAGGUUUGGAAAUAUAUACUAAAACUGUCUGUACCAGUGUAGGUAGUACCAAUGUGAAAAUGUUGUGCUGAGUGGUUAUAUUACUACCUUAAAAAAUAAGCAGAAACUCGACGUUUUGAGCGAAGGCCCUUCGUCAAGAGUUGGCUACUAACUCUUGACGAAGGGCCUUCGCUCGAAACGUCGAGUUUCUGCUUAUUUUUUAAGGUAGUAGUAUAACCACUCAGCACAACAGGUUUGGAAAUGUCGACCCAGCUUGUUUUAUAACGCUAAUAAUAAUAAUAAUAAUAAUAACGCUAAAUAUGUUGUCCGCAAAUGUAAACACACAACCUACCAUGCAGCAGUCGAUUUUGUCAGAAUGUGUCGAACACUCUCGUAGAUGAACGGAACUGCUAAUCAUCAACCUUAAUUAUGACAGGAACUGCUUCAUCAACCUUAUUCUGGAAUAUUAUCUUAAAAAAAUUUCUGAAAUUGACAACCAUCAUGGGCCUUCGGUAGCGCAGUCGCCAGAGCAACCACCUUUCACCUCUGAGAUCGUGGGUUUAAUUCUCGCUAUGGACUCAUGUGAAAAGAGUCAGUCAACGCUCUGCCGAAAGUCGUGGAUUUUCUCCGGGUGCACCGGUUUCCUCCCACAGGGAAAGUUGACAGGGUGGGUUAGGAUAAACACAGUUAAGAAAGUAAUAUCACAAUUGUUGUAAAGAUAAAAUAGUCUAGGCUAAGUGUGUAAUUUGGUAAGCGUAUAAUACUUGCGCAUUUGUUCAUCCACAUGUAAGUUUGCGCUAUAGAGCGUUUGCACAUGACGUCAUAGCCGCCAUGUUGGUGUUCCAAUUCAAAAAAAUUUUAAUUAGACUCUUGCCAGGAACACUAACAUGGCCGCCAUGGCUUUUGUCGAGUUGCUCCCUGGGGAAUGAGCGCAAACGCUCUAUAGAAAUGUUAAUAGUAUAAUCGUAAUAUCUGCUGCCAUGUAACGCGUACCGAAUCCCACUGAUAUACUGUUUUGUUAUAUAGGCAACAAUACGAGUGAACUGAGGUUAUGGUCUGUGAAUGGAAGACUGAUUAAAAAAAUUGUUUGUCAAGAAACUAUCACCUGUGCCACAUUCUCUCGUGCUGCUGAAGGAGUAUCAGUGAAUGCCGUGGCUGCUGGCUUGGUGAAUGGUGUUGUCAGGUUGGUACAGUUCGUAAAAUAAAUAUAAAAACUGGAAUGCUACUUUCAGAUGAACUGCCUAUCUUUUUCUUGAAGCCAAAUCUGACCUGUAUAUGCCACGCGAUUCUCUCGGGUAAACAGAAAAUAUUAAAACAAAAGAAGAAAAAGCUAAAAGUAAAGUCUACUAGGAAAUUUUACCUGAAUAUAUGCGUUAUUAGAAAGCUUUGAGCGCUGUUAAAAAGCUUUUUUGUGUAAAUUUUAAGCCGGUUUUCAAGACUACGUAUUCAUAUCGAGGGAUUUGCCGCGCUCUUUGCAUGCGUGAAAAGACUUAGACUGGCCUUAGCUUUGGCGUCAAAUUUUUGUUUGGGGGAUAGCGUUUCAGUUGAUUCGUUUCACUGAGUUGGUAUGGUUUCAUUCGGUUAGGAAAGCGUCUUAUUUUUUUUAUUUUUGUUCAUUCAAGGUUAUGGAAUACGUGGACUUUAGAACAUAUUGCUGAUAUAAAAGACGAAGCAUGUCAAUUACCAAUAGUGAGGUAAGCAAUCCUGAAAAUAUUUUCAUGGGUGCCUGAUGCUUUGUCUGGCAACAGUUGGGUGGUGCCUGACGCUUUUAUAAAAAAUAUCAGUUAGCAAUGUCGCUGUACCAGACAAGUAUAUAUCUGGCAAGAAAGCAUUUUGCCAGACAUUUGCCCUUUUCCUGCAUGAAUGAUCAAUGAUUUGCUUCACAUUUGACUCUACCCAUGCAACACAGAUUUUCUCCAGUUUCUUUCUGUAGUACCCUGGUUGCCAGAGGUUCUGUAUCUUUCGCCUUAUUCCCGCUCGUAUAUUUAUUUUACGCGAGGCGAAGAGAACCUCUGGUGGCACGCGAUACAAAUCUCACUUCCAUGCUGACGUUGCCGUUGAGAACUUGCAAAACCGGUUUUAUAUUUUGUGACGUUUUUAAACUUCCGGGUUUGUCAUACUACCAAAAUAGCUCUCUUCAGACAGCCUUGUGUAAAACUCGGUGUAAAAUACUGAAAAUAAGCAGCGGAAACAUGUAGAUUAUUCAUUAGAAACAUAUAGAUUAUUCUCGCAACGCACAAAGCAAAAAGCAACCUUACUGAUUGUGGAAUGCCGUUUGUAUUAGGUCUAUUUAUAGCGAACGUAUAAAGUCAAAAGUGAAAGAAUAUAAACAUAUAAAUAUUUAUAUAUACGUGUGCAACGGAGCCGGUAUGGUUGUCCUUAACAGACAAUGGAAAAAUAUUGGCAAAAUAAAUCAUAUUAAUAACUAUUAAAAUCAAAGAAUUGCCAAAAUUUAAAACCUUGAACGAUAUAAAGCAAGUGACCGACGGCAUAUUGUAAACACUGGACUGGACUUUGGACUUGGACUUUGGACUAUGGACUUUGGACUAUGGACUUUGGACUUUGGACUUUCGAUUUUGAAAUUAUAUUAUUUUUUAGAUUUUCGUAUAAUUAUAUUAAAAUCUAAACAGAGAACGAAAAUUUGCUGCUGAAAAGCGUGCUACACUGCAUGCACAUGCAUGAUAUAAUAAUAUACAAGGUAAAAAAUCUCUAGUAUCAGUUAUAUAGGUAUACCAACAGUGCAAUUUCAUACGGAUAUAGCCUGUAGGACAGCAGGAUUAUCCAAUAUUUUGGGAUUUAAUAUUUGAAUUUUAUAUAAUAUUUGUAUUUAUAGUAUGCAUAGUACAGUGUAUACUGCAGAACUUCUUCUUUAUCAUAUAGAUAAUAGAUUAAUUGUCAGAAACAAUUGUGACAAAAGUGUCUCGGCAAGUACAAAAUAUUAACUAUACAAGUGAUUAUUAUCGCGCCUAUUGAGUAUUGAGUAUUGUGAUUGUUCAUCUUUGCAUAAUAGUUUAUACUAGUACUGUAUUGUGUAAUUGCGAGUGUAAUUGUUUACUCCGUUACACAGUAACGUUUUGUUAAUGUUACUUAUUUUUGAAAGACAUUCUAGUUAGCUAUCCUUAUCACUAUAAGACUAAGUGCUUCAGUUGUUAGUAGAUGGACAGGAAUAUUCGACUAACGGAAAUUUACACACUUUUUAAGACCUACUCAGUUGUGUGUGAGAAGGCAAAAAUCUAUGUCUAUAUGUGCUUCAGGUAGUCUAGCAACUAUUUGCCACAUUUACUCAGUAAUACUACCACUUGCAAGUGAUGAACCAGGCGGGAAUCGCAAUCGUAGUAUAAAGAUUAAUGCUCAGCCGCAUAACGUACGCAAAAGAGCCAUAUAUAGACAAUAAUAAAUAUAUACAUAAAGUAAUACUAAUUACUAUAGAUUAUCAUAAAGUAAUCAGUACUAUACCAAUUAAUAUUUAAAUUUUAUUAAGAUUUGUAUUUAUAGUAUGUAUAGUACAGUUUACUGCAGAACUUCUUCUUUAUCGUAUAUAUAAUAGAUUUAUAUAGAAACAAUUGCGGCAAAAGUAGCCGGCAAAUACAAAAUAUUGAGAAACUAUCACGUAUAAGUAUAAACUACACGCGAUUAUUAUUGCGCCUUUGGCUUUGAACAAUUAUUCGCCCAAGGCGAGGCCGUGAUUAUCCGGGAAUUUGUAGUCUCCCUCGCAGCCGCCAGUUGUGUACGUUCUCUCUCAGAGGAGGUUGGACAGCUAAUUAGGCGAAUCUGGGCGAAUCUCUCGACCAAUCAGAUUGCGCCAUUUUCCUCAUGCUCGCAUGAAGUUUUUGGCAUCGAAAAUUUACAUAGGGCUCAUAAAUAUCGACUUUUUUCAUAUUGUUAUGCACAUUUUUUUGGAAAUUUCACGCGAUACUACUUUUACAACAGUGAAUCUACCCAUUGGAACGGUAUCUUGAAAGGUAAGCGUUAUUUUCCAGUUUAUUUUGACCUCUCACUUUAGGCGCUAUGCCGUCGCGAUGUAAUUUAAUGGUGUUUAUAUCAACAAUCUUUGAAGACAAAAAUCUCAAAUUUCCACGGUUCGAUUUCGCUAUUUUUUUCACGAUUAGUUAAACAAAAGUAUAAUCUUUAAUUCUAUCCAGCCGGCCCCCCUCGGUCCCGCAACCGUUUUCGAGAUAUUCACCGUUGAAUAUAGCCCUCUGUAAAAUAUGUUGCCUUGUCACUCAAAUCGAUAAUGAACUGCCACUACUCGCUUUUUUCUAAAGAAGUGUGAUAUAUUAUAGAAGUUUCGAUAUAUUAUGGAUUGUAUAUAUUGCAGUUAAAGUGUGCAAAUAAUUAAAGCCCUUCCGUAACAAUAUGUUACAAGUGAAAUUUAUUGUUUGGCUGAUGUUUUAGAUUUGAGAUUCGUGAUUUUGGCUGGAUUCUAUUUUUGUCAAUGAUUUUGUCUGCAAGAAUUAAGCAUCAUCAUUAAAUUUGGAGGUAAAAUCGGUCCUUCCAAUCUGUACAGACCUUCUACAUCUGCAAGAUCUCCGAUGCUAUGAUUGUCUCUCCAUCGAGUGACCAAAACCUUGUUCACCUUUCUGGUUAUGUUCUUCUGUUAUUGGGUCAUUCCAGAAAACAUCCAUACCACCCCCACGGAGGAAAUUGGAAGUUAACCCCCCUACCCCCUUCGGAUGUCCUAAUACAUUUACUAUUAUCAGAAACAAUUUUGUCUCCUCUCCCCCUCCGGACGGCAGAAAUUUCCUCUGUGGGGGGAGUGUGGAUCUUUACUGGAACGACCCAUUGGUAUGACUUCUGGAUUUUCAAAACUAACCCAGCGACAACCAGAAUAACUACUCAUCCACCUGUUUCAAAAAUGGCUGGUAAAAGUUAACCCUGGUUUAGAUGCUAAAUUUGUCCCUCAAAAUUUUCUCCCACUUGUUGCCAAGGCUAUGUCUGUACUUCAUGCUGGUCAAAAAGACAAUCCGAUUUAUCACACUGCUCGAUGCUUUGGAGAACAACGCCAUGGAGAUGUUGGUCUGAUGCCAUUGGAUAGAAUGCCCUUUAUAGGAGUGAAGGCCCUUUAUAGGAGUGAAGGCCCACUUGGCCUUUUUUUAACAGUAUUUUGUAAUGAUGUUACACAAGUAAUUCAGAUAAAGUUUGAGAAAUGGUGGUUCUUUCAAUGUUAAGCCCCAGAGAGGGGGGUGGGGUCGGGCAUAUGUGUGGGGCAUUUGAUUUUUUGAGCAAAUUUUCAAUCAAAUGCCCCACUGUUAGGUAAUAAAUAUUGGUCAAACACCCCACCAUUUUGCAAUAAAUUGCAAUAAUUACUAUAUUUAUAAAUAUAAGAUUGGUUCAAAUUGCCCUAACUCAGGCCCAAAAUGCUAAUCAAAAUCCCCAGAGUGGGGAUGCAAUUGAUGAUCAAAUACCCCACAUAUGCCCACCCCCCUCUGGGGCUUGACAUUGAUAGGUGCAAUUAUAUGCUGGGUUUUUUUUUGUAUUCUCAUGUAAUGUACCACAAAGUAUCAGCAGCAUGUUAUUGUGGGACCUUUGAUCAAUAUGUAUAUAAAUAGACAUAUUUUUGUUUUAUUGUUGCAUUAAUUUUAAUGAAAAAUAAAAAUUACUCACAAAGUUGGUCAAGUGAAUGUACAAACUAUUUAUUUCUUCAUUUAGUACAGCACAUGUUACAAUUAUGUACUUGUCUUAAUUGCAUGAGUGUGCAUGACAGACUUUUUUAUUUUAAUUGUGCACACCCACUUAUGAUUAACCUACUGUAGUUUUUGUUUAUGAAAAUCUAAAAAGUUACCUAAUUGAAAUAAGAUCAUUUCUAUAACUUGCUAAACCUAGUCAGUUACAAUUAUAUCACAAACAUCUGUCAAUGUACACUUGUGCUCUUCCUUACCACUUGAGUCUCCCACUCACCACAUCGCUUUAUGAAAAUUUUUUGAUAAAAUCCUAUUUUAAAAAAGUCAACCCUAUGCUUGAUAUGCUGAACAUAGACCUCUAAGAUAUCUCCAGUGGCAAUUAGUCGGUGCAAAUACUUGCAUAGUUGAGAAGCAAGAUAACCAAUGUGUGUCCAUCCAGUUCCAUAGUCUACAUCAAUUGCAAUUGCACUUGGGUCCAUUCCAGGAUUCUCUAGCCGUAUUCUUACAUUCACUGGUUUAUCUUGUCCAUGAAGGACAAGGUAUGCUGUUGAUGUUGGUAAUUUUUCUCAUGAGCAGCACCGAUGCACUUGAAUGGUACAGCAUGGGUGAUUUCGUCCUCGUCACUUUCAUCCUCAUCACUUAACUGGUCUCCACUUUCUGCCCUAUCACCUUCAUUACCAUAUCCAUCCUGACCAGCUUCAAGACCAGCCAACCACUGAAGUAGAUCUCUUUCUACAAAAUCAUAACAAGAAAAUUUUUAUUUUAUUAUUUUGUACAUAAACUGUAAUCUCUAAAAUUAGAAAUCUAAUGCAAAAGUGUGUCACUAUUUACAGUAAUAUUUAUAGAACAACACACAAAUAUGGCAAUAUUUUACAGAUGAAAAUUGAAAAAUAUCACUAUUGUAUGCACAUAUAUGUAAAAAUCUAUCCACAACUAGAUACAAACAGGCAUCAUACUUCAGCAAAAAUUUAUUAAACAAUUUGUUUAACUCAAAGCAUGUACAUAUGUAUCACAGUUCACAGACACACACAAUAGAGUCAAACUAGAGCCAUUUAUAAACACAAAUAUUACGCCAUAUUAAUUUUGUACAGUGUAUUUAUAAAAUUACAGUACAAGGUUAAAAAAAAGCGGAUAAUAAUUUGACUAAAUAACAAGGUAACUGUAAUGCAUUGUAGUAUACCAACCUUAAAUAUUGCGCUUGUUUUCACGUUGAUGAUACACGGAGAUUUAACGUCAUCCAAGUUAGAAAGAAGAGCCUCACUACUGGGAAUAUAAACACAAUUCCUUCGCUCAGACGCAUUAUUUAUCAAGCUAAAAUGACAACAUGUCCCAUGCAAAUAUUUAAAAAAGGUAAACUUGGUAUAGUAAAACACAAGUCGUAAUGAUGAUCGCAACAAUACAGCAAUAACAUGCUGUUUCUUUUCACAAAAUAUCGCAGCCUGACACUCUUGUCGUUCGAAAGCUUCCAUAUUGGUUUAGUCAGAGAGAUGUUCACUCCUCGACAGUCAACAGUCAAUGAAGUCACGCGCGGAAUUAGGCACUCAAUAUCCAUGAUGCUUUGCGGCCUGCUGUCCAACCUCCUCUGGUUCUCUCUGAUGUUAGCCUGCAUGGCAGGCGGUAUUUCUACGGGCAGCGAAAAUUAGGGAAGCAAAGGAAAUACCGCCUGCCAUGCAGGCUACUCUGAUGUCUGCGAAGGAGGCUAGGGAAUUUGUCAAAUUUGACCAAUCAACUUGACAACUUGUAGGAUUUGUUGUACUAUUUAUUCACUUGCGCAAAAAUACUAAUGACGGUAUUGUUCAUCUUUGCAUAAUAGUUUACACCGGUUUAGCACCUGCCUAAAUAGGCUGUGUUUACAAUGUAUUUUGUCUGUGUCAGUUUUAGCUUUUAAUAAAUGUAUUCAGCCAUAGUGAACACGAAAACUCUCAUAGUCAUCAUACUUUAUAAAAUACGAAUGUAUGAUACAUUAUUAUAUAACUUAAAAAUAUUACUGAGAUGAUCCUGUUAUCCCACAGGCUAUAUCUAUGAAAUUGCACUGGUAUACCUAUAUAACUGACAGUAUUUUUUACCUUGAAUAUUGUAUCAUGCACAAAUUUUCGUUCUCUGUUUAGAUUUUAAUUAAUAUAAUUAUACGAAUAUUUUAAAAAUAUAAUUUCAAAAUCGAAAGUCCAAAGUCCAUAGUCCAUAGUCCAAAGUCCAUAGUCCAAAGUCCAGUCCAGUGUUUACAAUAUGCCAGUGACCGACACUUUAUAUUUUACAAAUAUUACUACUGUAAUAGAGUGAACAUGUCAUGCCGUCGACUCAAGUCAUGCCGCGAUGGCACUGCAGCUCUUCUCCAGCGCAGAAAGUCUUUUUAUAGCGGACAAACUAAGUUAAACUCAAAUAACCCACACUGAGUAAAGCAUUUUAAUACAUUCGUAUUAUUUCUGUAUUUUGUUUACAUCAUGUCUCUGAGAUUUAUAAACAGGUUUUUUUGUCUAGCCAAUCACAUCACUUCAUGUGACUGCUAAUUAUAACUAACCAAUCAUGUGCUUGGUACAAAUUUUGUACCAAAGGAAGAGAGAUUUGUAUCGCGUGCCACCAGAGGUUUUCUUCGCCUCGCGUAAAAUAAAUAUACGAGCGGGAAUAAGGCGAAAGAUACAGAACCUCUGGCAACCAGGGUAUUUCUGUAGUGGACACUAGAUCAAUCUUUAGAAUGACCCUUACUGGACCUUGGAAGUUAAAAGUAAUUUUUUUAUUUCUAUGAAAUUUUAGUCUGGAAUAUUCACACACAAGUCUCCAUCUGUUUACUGUGGAUUCCCAUGGAACAGUUCGAGCUUGGGGAAGAUCAGAAAGAGCGUAUAAACCUCGGAUACUGUCUAGCAUUCAUUAAUUUAUUCUUAAGAGGAAAGCUUAAAUACUGCCUGAUCAUGAGCAAGGACACCAUGUCGCGACACUGUAGUGACAUAGAGUGUAGUUACUUCAAUCAUUCACGCCUUCUUCAAGACCAACUGUAUGUUUUAUUGUUUCUCGCUUUUCCGAGAAGUGAACUUUAGGAAAUGGCCCAGUGUUAUUUCAGCCUGGUAUUCAACCACGCAAGCCGGGCUCUUACCUAUACAGUGGGACCGGAGAUAAGACCUCGGGUAGGAGGAGUUUGCCUCGCAUUAAUCCGCUGUUUGUAUAUAAAGCUGCGAUCACUUACAUUGGGUUAGCUUAACCACAUGCCACACAUGUGGAUGAGAGUAUGCAUACAGAAUAGACACAAUAGGUAUAGAAAUUCACAUCCCCAAAGCAAAAAGAUUUUACACAUAUGGGGGUGUAUUUUACUAAGUGGUGCAGCAGAUAGUGGGUAAUUUACAAUUAUUAGAGUAAAAAAUUAUUUUCAUUAUGUGUAGCUUAAAGGGAUACGGCAAUAUAUUUUUUUAUUAUUUCAUUUUAAAGAACUUUUAAAAUUAUAUGUAAAUCUCCUUUACUGAUUUUGCGUAACUUUAUUAUUUCCCGAAAUAUUUUGACUUAAAAUAAUUUGCUGUCCGCCAACUUGGAUUAAUUUUUAUCUCAUCGGUGAUUUUAGUGACGUCAAAAGCAGGGUUAGCCAUAUAAAACUACAUCUAAAUGAGCAAAUAACAUUAAGUCUUGUUUGAAAAGUCUUCAGACAGUUUUUUAUUUCAAAUAGUUACUGAAGUAUAUGAUUUUGGGCUCAUAAUAACCAGUUGCUCUAUGGAUAAAAUUGUUGCGUGACCCUGCUUAUGAUAUCCGCCAAAAUCCAAGAUGGCGGAAAGCUCGCUGAUUUGCGAUUUUUUCUGCUCAAAUAUCUGAAGAAAUAAUAAAGUUACGCAAAAUCAGUAAAAGAGAUUUACAUAUAAUUUUAAAAGUUUUUCCAAAUGAAAUAAUAAAAAAAAAUAUUGCCGUAUCCCUUUAAUAGUCACCAUCUACACGCGUAAAAACAAGUUUGUCAACAAGUUGUCUUCGCACUGUUUGUCACAAGUUAUCAACAAGUUUGGAACAAGCUGUUAACAAUUUGUAACAACCUUGUUGAUAUUAUCAGUCUUGUUACAAGGUUCCAACAAAUCUGGUACAGUCCUGAUGUAUGUAACAUUCUUGUUAUAUCAUGGCUAUGUCAGACUUGCUAGAACAACCUUGUGACAAGUCUGAUAAUAUCAACAAGGUUGUUACAAAUUGUUAACAGCUUGCUCCAAACUUGUUAAACAACUGGGAACAAGCAGUGCGAAGACAACUUGUGGACAGCUUGUGAACAUAACUGUAACAACUUGUUUGCAGACUUGUAACAACUUGUGCGUUUUUACGUUGUAACACUGAAACCUGCAGCAGACUUGUAGCAAUGCUGUUCCAACAACUUGUCAACAGGAUGUGUUCGCACUACUUGUUCUCAGCUUGUUGACAACUUGCUACAAGGUUGUUGAACUCAACAGACUUGUUACAAGUUGUUCCAACAACUUGUUAUCGUCCUGCAAUUCAACAACUUGUCAACAAGUUGUGAGUGACAACCCUGUAGCAACAUGAUAAAACAACAACAUUGUUACAACUUGUUAACAAGCUUGCUACAAGCCUGUUGCGAACACAUCUUGUUGACAAGUUCUGAGAUUUUAACGUGUGAUACUGUCCCAUGACACUGAAACCAAUUAACGAAAAAUGAUGUACAUAUUGUGAUAUUGUUUUGUAUUUUUUUAAAUAAAUUUGUGAAGAACAUUUUGA